GACUUCAGCAGUUCGUUUUAAAACUGAUACAGUAGUCAGGGUGUCUGUGAUCUUAGUGUUUUUAGUGUUUGCCAUGUGGAUAGUGCUUUUCUAAAGUCAAGCUUCCAGCUACCAAAGAAAGAGUAAAAAGCUUUAGCCUAAGGUGUAAGCUUUGGACAUUUUUUUAUAUUGAGUACAGGAAACAGUGAAUCAGCACAGGCAAAGCUGCCAGGAAUGCUUUCUUUGUUGUUCUUUGACUAAGAUUACAGACUUGGCAUCCUCGGACAAAAUCUUUAUAACUUCUAACAUGCACAUUUAUUCAUUCAACCGCUAUAAAAACAAUAUGUAACAGAAUAAUGCUACAAUAAAUGGAAAUGAAAAAUCUAUAUACCUGUAUGUCUAUGUCUGGUGUUAUAUAACAUGUAGAAUGUACUGUUUGCUUGGGGGGAGAAGGUGAGAUAGAAAGGCGAUAUUGAACUGGCUCUGACAUGCUGAUGAAGUGUGGACACACCCUGGUGUUAGUCAGGGGAGAAAAUGGAGUACAGAUGCAUGCUUUCUGGACCUGGCAGGAUAAACAGUGGUUGCUAAUGGCACGUCACCUCCGGCCAGUUUUGUUGCAUAAUAAGAAACUCAAGCAUAGUUUUUGACUCUGGAAGAAGAAGACAGCAAACAGCAUUGCAGCUGGACUGGUGCUAAGGACUUCAUGAGUGUCUAGUUUAUAAAAUCGUCAGGUUUGAAGUAAGGAAAGGAAAGGCAGUAACAAGCUGGCUGAGACAACAGCUCAAGCAACAUGGGAACGAACAGCAUUGGCUGAAUAACUCCUUUUCAUGCUUCACUGAAACAUCCUGAUUUUAAGGCAGCAUCACGUCAUUUGUGGAGGAGGCAAUCCCAGAAUGCACUGCAUCAGGCUCAGUGAAAAAAGUCUCAAAGGAAUCACUUUCAGAGAUGAUUCUGUGUAGUCAGAUGGCUUUUGCAGUUUUCCACUGCAUACUGUGGUUCACUGUGCCUGUCUUCCUGCGCUCUGAAUUCAAGGUGGCGUACGUCACCGAGCGCAGUGUCUACAUGUGCACAUGUGCACAGGAAUUGGCCUUCUGUGAGAAAAUGAACUCCAGUGAAUGUAGCAACUGCAAGGACCAAACGUCUGUGCUGCUGAGAGGAGAGAGCCCCAGCCCAGUGCAAAAGAAACGGCUUACAGUGUGGUACACGUCACCGCUUAAUGUGGCCCUUCUUUUGAACAACUCGGAGAUCAGGCACUUGUCAUUGGUCCAGUGUAGGCCUGCUACUGACCAGCCAAUAGCGAUUGACUUCUUCACAGUACAGCGCCUCGAGACGCUCACAGUCACCUGGAAGCCUGGCCAGAGUCACGAUGUCAUCAUAGGCAAGGACAGGGGCGCCCCCUACCACGAGGAAGCGAGAAUCGCUGUCAUUCACACUUCAGUGCUAACUGGAAAAACUGAGCUGAAGUCCUACACAGUCCAAACCAAAGUGGAUCCCAGUGGGACGAUGUCCUUCCCAGACAUUUUUUUGUCUCGCACUGGGCUUUCCGAGCUGUCCAGAAUAUUUGUCACGUUUCUGUACUAAGAGGCAUUUCAUCUCAUGAAUCAAAUGUCAUUUCCUCAAUUACACAGCGUUGAAUUUGAUCACUUUUAAUGUGCAUUGUCUAUGCCAUGUGUUGCUGUACCAUAUCACAUAUAUCUAUUGUACAUAUUUACAGGGAGUCAGCCAUUUUAAAGGCUGUCUCAUUCGCAAAAUCCUUCCAGUGCACUGAAACGUUAGUUCCCGAAAAAAACUCCCAAAAUGCUCCGCAAAAAUCAGGGAGCAUCGAUGCUCCCUAUGUUCCCUUUAAUGAUGGGCGAUACUGUAAAAUCUGGAAACGAUCCGAUACCAAGUAAAUGCAAGGCCAGUAUUGCCGAUUGAUACCGAUUGAUACCGAUUAGGGAUGUAACGAUUCACUCAGCUCACGAUGCGAUGCGAUUCACGAUUCUGAUCUCACGAUGCGAUUUAUUCACGAUUUACUCACGAUUUAUUUAAAAAAAAUGAGUUGAAACAAAUUAGAAAUGAACAACUUCCCUUGCAUUAUUUCUUAAAUGCUUCACGUUUCUUUGCAUAAUAAAAUAAUGUUUUAUUUCAAAUAACAAAAGUAAACUGCGAUUUUAUAACAAAUUAAAAAUAGAAAAAGUCUCUUUAAUAUAAACAAACGAAUACUGUCUGUGCUUAUCUUGGAUUUUUUUGCAUUUAAGAAAUAUCAGCAUCCACGUUUAGGUUUGCAGUGAAAAUAGCGGCCCCUGCUGUUCAAAAAAUGUAUUACGAUUCAGUUCAAGCCUCAACCGAAUUGAAUCGUCACUCAUUAUAACCGAUUUUCAACCGGCUCACGGUGAAUCGUUACAUCCCUAAUACCGAUACCAAUACUUUUUACUUUUAGAAGCAUUCACUUCAGAAGGAGCUUUAUUACCAAGUAUGUUUACACACACAAGGAAUCUGACUUGGCGACAGGAGCUUAGUGCAGAAGAAAGUGUACAUAUGGUGCUAACAUAGUGCAAAUAUACAUGAACUUACAUUUACUUUCCUGUAUAUGAAGUGUCUUGAUUUAUCAGAUGAAUGCAUCAUUUAUAUGCAAAAUCUGAAUACAUUUACAUGGCCACUAAAAUGUUUUUGUGCUCUUAAUGUGCCUGUGAUUAAUAAUUUGCAUGUAUAAACACAGGACAUAUUUUAAACCAAAUAAAUUAAUUUUUUAAUGUAAUAAACUGAAUUUGCAAACAUGAACUUUGCACCAUAUUAUUACUGGAAAAUAAUAAUAACAGAUUAACAGAACAAUAAAACAUUAUAUAACAAAACAAUUUCUCCCUAUCCCAUAGCUUUUAGGGAAUCACCUAUAGGUAAAAUAACAGCCUAUAGUGUCCUUUUCACAGUUAACACAAAAGGAAUAUUCAGCCAUUUUAAUUUUUCAGAUUUGAGAUAAGGGUCUGUCUGAAGGAUGGGUCUCCUCUCUUCGUUUAUCAUUUGCAGCUCAGUGUACUCUUUCUCGUGUGUUUUGAUGUGUUUAAAUAAAUUAGUGGUGUUGUCACAGAAGCGAAUUGCUUUAUUGCAUACAUCGCAGUGUUUUUAUUCACGGCAGUGAAAU